UUUCGACUUCAGAUUUGCGAGAUUUGACAAAUUCGUCAUUCGUGGGUAUUUUUUUCCUUGGUAGAUUUGUUUUUAUUCAUAAAGAAAGGCGAUUCGACGAUUACAUUUAAGUUGAAAUGGAGACAUCUUCAGAACUUUAUGAAGAAGUUAAACUUUUCAGAAAUGCUCGAGAACGCGAAAAGUACGAUAAUAUGGCCGAUUUAUAUGCCAUAGUAAAUACACUUCAACAAUUGGAAAAGGCUUACAUCCGUGACUGCAUUACGGCCGCAGAUUACACAGCAGCCUGUUCCAAGUAUUUGGUUCAGUACAAGGUGGCAUUUAAACAAGUCCAAUGCGAUGAAUUUCCCAGUGUUGAGUCAUUUGCAAAGAAAUUCCGUUUAGACUGUCCAGCAGCUUUGGAGCGCAUUCGUGAAGAUCGUCCCAUAACAAUUAAAGACGACAAAGGUAAUACAUCCAAAUGUAUAGCCGAUAUUAUAGCAUGUUCCAUAACCAUUAUGGACGCUCUACGCAUGAAAAUGAACACGAAGGAUGCAUUGCAUCUAACGCUUAAAGAUCUAGCAGAUAACUACAAUUGUUUAUCAAUAAUACCAAAGGACUUUGAGGGAAAAAUAAAAAUUAACAAUUGGCUGAAGACACUAGAUGAGAUGCAGGCAUCGGACGAACUAACGGAUGCACAAAGUCGACAAUUCUUAUUUGAUGUGGAAUCUGCAUAUGCCGACUUUUCCAAAUUGCUGCAUAAUCAAUAGAAUUAAGUUAUCAUUCGACUGUUGUAUGUAUAUUAGCCAUAUUAAGAACAAAUGUAAUCGGGACAAUUAAUUGAAAGCCAUUAAUAAAGGAUUAAAAUGGUA